GACUGAUCCAAUGAUGCGAAACCUUAGUACUCCAUAUUCAGCCAUGAAUCGACGUGGAAGCUCUUCCUCAGGCAUUGGGGCAUCAGGCCCACCUCCUCUGGCUAGCUCGCAGCAAGCCCGAUACAAGGGCCUGCUUUCAACCCCUGGUAUGGUCAAAUUUUCCGCUUGGAAACGGGAAACGGAUAUCCCAAGAUUGUAUUUCCACGACUUCCUAUUGGCCAAGAUCAAAGAAAAGGACCCGAACAAAGUCUGGUUGAAGGAUGUGAGCUUAGGAAGGACCGAAACCUAUGGUAGGGUGGCCGGAAGUGUCUCUAAAAUUGCCAGUGGACUAACGAAAUUGGGCUUUGGCAAACGGGAUGUGGUGUGCAUGUGCUGUUCCAAUUACGUUGAGUACUGGCUCCUAGCUUUGGCGGCAUGGAAAUGCGGAGGUUGCGUGAUGCCGGUUAACUGUGAGAUUGACAUGGAUGUCUUGGAAGAGCAAUUGACUGAGGCGAAACCCAAGAUCGUUGUUUGUGAUGACUUUAACUACGAAGACAUCUUGGAUGUUGUGGAUGGUAACGAGCUCAUCAAGCACGUCAUUGUAAUCGGCAGUGAAGGGAAAGCCCAAGGGUGUAUUCCUGUCAACGACCUCUUUGAAGAUGACGAGAAAACCCCUCCACCUCGGCUAGAUCUCUCUUUGGACAACGAUACCGUUUAUCUCCCCUUUACAUCGGCUUCUAGUGGCUAUUCAGCGGGGAUCAUGCAUACUCACAAGUCCUUAAUGUCUUGGUUUUAUUCUCCCGAUGGCGCUGCCAAUCAUUAUCUAGAUCAAAUGAUGGGGGAAAACAUAGCUUGCGGAAACUGGUUCUUCCAUCUGUCUGGGUUCUACACAGUUGCCUUGGCAGCCAUUUAUGGAGUGUCCGUCUUCACUUUAUCCGAGUACUCAGAUACGGGAUUCUUUGAUUUAAUCGUGGACAACAAAACUCAGACCGCCAAUCUUUAUCCUUGGCAGAUUCGUCUAUUGUCCCAAUCAAAGUCUAUCACCAAAUACGACAUGUCUUGCCUGAAGUCCAUCACCACCUCAGGUGGUGUUCUGUCCUCCACCAUUCGCAUAGAACUACUGGAGCGGUUUCCCAACGUGAAGUAUGUCCGGGAAGCCUAUGGACUCAAUGAAUGUGGUCUAGUAACCCUGACUUAUCCCCGAGAGAAGAAGAACUCUGUCACAACCGCCAAGGCUCUGGAGACUCCCAACGACCAUGUCAUGCCUGUGGGAUUGCCUAAUAUGUACACUCAAAUCAAGAUCAUCAGUCGUCAGAGCAAUGAGAAUGUGGGAGGGCAUGAUGAGCAAGGCGAGAUUUGCAUCAAAUCACCGCAAACCUUCGUCGGAUACUUGAACGAGGACAACAAACACCUUCUUGAUGCCGAGGGCUUCUUUCACACCGGUGACUUAGGCUACUAUGAUUCCCAAGGGGUGAUAUAUUACGUCGAGAAAAUCGAGAACUUGAUUCAUUUCUGGAUGUACGAAGUGGCCCCGAAUAUCUUGGAAUCUCGACUCCUGGGCUCGAGCAAUAUUGUGGACGCUGCGGUGGUCGGAAUCCCCAACAAAGAGAACGGAGAGGUCCCUCGAGCAUUUGUGGUCCUCCGUCCCGGUUUCGAGGAGACUGAAGAGAAUCUCACCAAUCUCAUCGAAUCUCGUCUUCAAGAUCACGAGCGGAUCCGAGGUGGUCUCUAUUUCAUUCAGAACAUACCCAGAGAUGAGAACUGGAAGGUGAUGAAGGAUGUCCUAAAGAAUUAUGAACCCCUUUCAAUGGAGGAGCUUAACAAACAAACUGAGUCCGAGUGGAACAUUCCCGCCGAUGACCAGAGCGUGACACCUUCCAAAGUGAGUUCGAGCUUGGGAAAAUCCCCGAAAACCGCCAAAAAGGUGGUCAAACAACUGGAAAAACAACCCAAUGGAUCUUUUAUGGCCAGUCCCGAGGAAGAAUGUCCCAGCCCGAGAACCAAACGCUCGGCCAAGAAAAUUUCGCUCGAGGUGCCCAAUGAUCCCCAGGAUAUAUUUGGCAUGAGGAAUCGGUCCCGACGGGGUUCAAUGGAUUGCAUUCUGGAAGACAAGCCCUCCGCAGGUGCCGUGGGUGGAGCAUGGAAAGGACCUCAAGCAGCAUCAACCACGGGGACCGCAGGUGGCAAAAGACGCCCCUCAGAGUCACGUCGGGUUUCUGGAGGAGCUGUUAGAGCGGGUGGAUCCCGCCGAGGUUCGAAUGCCGAUCUGCCAGUCACUCCACUAUCCGGCAGUGCCGCAACUGACGCGGCCGGCAACAUCAGCUACUGGAUGAAAGUCUUUGUCCACCCUCAAACUCUGGAACAAGUCGUCAUGUCCCAUCCAGCUGUGGACGAUUGCUCCGUCCAGGCGUUCCAUGUGGAUGGCAUUGGGGAUCUCCCUCGAGCUUUCGUCGUUCUGAAAACCGGUUAUGAGGCCACAGCUGAGGAGAUCCUUCAAUUUGCUCACUCACGCUUGGCUCACACGGAUCAUUUGCGAGGUGGGAUCGUGUUUGCCGAGAAAUUACCCAAGGAUGGAAGCGGCAAGCUCAUGUGCAACGUGGACAAACUCAGCCAAGAUGCAAUUGCCGUGGACACCCAAUUUAUCAAACAACAACCCAAAGUGAAGCUCUGACUUGGCGAUUGACAGUGUUGUGUACACUAAGACAACGAGACUUGUUUAUUGAUAAUUCACUUUGAAAUCCCCACUUUCUCUCCUUCUCCUCCUUCUACGCCAUUCAACUUAUAAGAUCUUAAUGGUAAUGUACAAUGUAAGGGCUGAACAUCAAUUCUUUUCCUGACUAACCAUGAAUCUGCUGCUUUUUUCUUAAAAAAAUCACUCACCAAAACUUACCAUCAGUCAAAUGCACAAUCGAGAAUAUUUAAUGAGAAAUAAACGGAAUGAUGAGAUAAAUA